UGUUUAUCACUCCAACGAAUGAAGCCUUACAAAUUUAUGGGGGUUGAUGCUUACCCCGGGACUAUGCAUGGUUUCCUACUCCAAACAUGCUUUGUAGUGUCUUCCUAGUUCCCACCGCUUCGACAUUGGUCAAACACAAAGCUCCUUUGCUAUAUCACCAACAAAGAUGUUUCAUUAUUAUCAAAACUACCCUGCCAAGAUAGUCAACUGGGG